GCCAAACCGGUCGAGUAAAAACUGAUAUUGGACAGAAUGCGAAAUAUUUAGAAACCGUUAGCGCAAACAUAACGCAAAGUGUGCAAGUGUCGUUCGAAGAUUAAUAAGCCAAAGGUCACGAAUAGAAGCCUCAUAUUAGGAAGUCGUCACUACCAACUACCACACAGAGUAGAGAAACUAGUACAGCGUAUCGUGUAAAAAAACUUAUGAUCACAAUUGAAAAAAACAUAAGCAGUUGGAAAUUGAACGGAGCGUAAAGAAACCACAUCUAGUCAAAGUGACGGUCACCUUAAAUUUUAAAACAAAUUUUCAAAGUCAAACAACAGAUGGAACUUUUCAAGGAAUAUAAUUCAUCAGAGUAACAAAUAUAAAAUUGUAUAGACGCACUAAAUGGACAGUGAAAGUGUUGUGGAAAGCUCCAUUUCGCAUCCAUUAACGGAAGUUUUUAGGCGAAACUUUUUACAAAAUUUAACUAACGCUCGAGAAAAUUUCGCCAAACAUGCCUCGAACUCAACACUUCCUGCAGCAAUGGACACAGUUGCCACCUCACCGCAUUUGGGAGAGGUCUUUUUUACGAUAUCAACAAAUUCCUCAGAUAAUGUCACAUUAUUCCCACUGUUGGUGGAUACGCAUAAAGUAUUUGCCGAGAAUGAUAGUAUUCAAUUGGAUCACGCCCCCCAACUCUCCCAGUCGACGAUGAUCAAAGUGUAUGUGUUAACUGUAAUGGCUGUGCUGUCGUUAUUUGGGAACGUCCUCACCAUGUGGAAUAUCUAUAAAACGCGAAUUCAACGACGCAGCUCGCGACACAGUUGGAGUGCUAUAUAUUCUCUAAUAUUUCAUCUAUCAAUUGCUGAUUUACUCGUGACAUGCUUUUGUAUUAUUGGAGAAGCAGCCUGGUUUUAUACUGUACAAUGGCUGGCCGAUGAAAUAACAUGUAAAUUGGUCAAACUCUUCCAAAUGUUCAGUUUGUAUCUGUCAACGUAUGUUUUGGUAUUGAUCGGCGUGGAUCGAUGGAUUGCGGUCAAAUAUCCGAUGAAAUCGUUAAACAUGGCCAAAAGAUGUUAUCGACUACUUGCCGGUACAUAUGUACUCUCAUUUCUUCUAAGUCUUCCUCAGUUUUUCAUAUUUCACUUGGCACGCGGUCCGUUUGUAGAGGAGUUUCAUCAAUGUGUAACUCAUGGAUUCUACACAGCCCACUGGCAGGAACAAUUAUAUACUACGUUUACACUGAUCUUCACAUUUUUGCUACCAUUAUGCAUUCUCUUCGUCACCUAUGCGUCUACAUUUCGUACGAUUUCAAGUAGCGAAAAAAUGUUUUUGGGUCCAAAACUAGUAGCCAAUUCGACUAUAAAUUCCAUGCAGACAAAUCGACAGCGAAUCAUUCACAAGGCGAAAAUGAAAUCCUUGCGUAUUUCAUUUGUGAUAAUAAUUGCAUUUCUCAUUUGUUGGACACCUUAUUAUAUUGUGAUGGUUACGUUAAUGUUUCUCAACCCAGACAAGAAGCUCAGCGAAGGACUUGUCUCAGCGAUAUUCGUUUUUGGUAUGUCAAAUAGCUUGGUAAAUCCUUUGAUUUACGGUGCCUUCCAUCUACAUCCUAUGAAGCGAAAAGCCAGCCAAAAGGGCGGUCAUACUGCGUGCAGCCUAAAUAGGGCUGACUCACAGCGAACUCCGUCCAUAUUGACGGCUGUUACACAAAUCGAUGGCAGCGGACGCCAUACUCGCGUUAACCGUCAGCCCAGCUACUACCGAACUCACAGCAAUGGAAGCAAUUCCAAGGAGCAAGUCAGCCUGCUACAGAUUAGUUCCACAGCUGCCAUUGUGCAUAAACUCAAUUCGAGUUCAGAGCGAAGUUCACUGUUUUCACAGCAAACAGCGACGACAAAUUUAACACGUAAUGAUAUGGACGAAAUUAAGGAUGAAAGUGAGGAUACAAAACGGGAAACGGAUACACACAGUACAGUUAUCUAUUGCUACAAGAGCCUAAAGCCAACCAAUUCACUCGCAAAAAGUUCCGAAACUCUCGCAAUUUCGCCUUGUAAUCGUCUGCAUUCCCCACAAAGAACACCUGUGUCCGAGAAUGACUUUCGUAGAACUGUGUGUGUGAAUAGCUAUAAGAAUAAGAUGGGUACGGAUGAGAGCGUGUCUAGUGUAUAAGUGCCAUUUGCAUACGAAAUAUAUCUUUUUAAAAGCAGGUUCCUUACACAUGUACAUACAUACACUUUAAGUACAUAAAUAUGUAUUUACUUUUCUCGACAAUAUUUAGCAAACUUAUCAAAUAGGACUUGUUUGUAUAUUUAUGUACAUAAAUAUUAGUGUGAGUCAAUUUGGUUUUAAAUAGUGCUAAGCUUUAUACAGAUGUUGAUAUAGUACAUAUAUAUAGUUAUAUAGAUGUAAGUAUAUGCAUAUGUAUGUGCGUGUCCAAAAAUAGUAAGCGUAUACAUAUUAAUACAUACAUACAUACGAGUAUAAUCAGUGUGAAUUGAAUUUGUAUAGGCAAACUUUACACAAACAUCGAAUUUUUUUAACUGAAAAUCAAAUGCGUACACAAUUCUUAGGUAUUAGCAGAUUAAAACUUGUAAAGUGUGAAUGAGUACAUGCGUCAGAAAUGAUGUUACUUUUGAAAAGUUUAUCUUUUAACUUCCGGCAUCGAAGUAAAUGUAUGCAGAAAAUAGAAACAAUUUUUUUUUUUACAGCGAGUGCGAGUGAAUUUGUGCUUGCAUUGGGUGGAUAAUUUUCCCCCCCGGCUGUAAGUAUGCCUCUUUUGGCAUGUAGUCCAUCCACGCGCAAAUUCCAUUCACCUCGCUUAACUGCAUUAUGUGCAACUGAAAAUCACACUUAAUUGAAAAAAGCUUAAGCUUUAAAGCUCCCUUAAUACUACUUAACAAAAUAAUAGACGUUUUUUACACAAAUUUUGUAAUGUUUCA